AUGAAGUCACUGACGAGACUGAACGCAUUGGGUGAGCUAAGAAGCAAAUAUAUCUGCUUGACCUGCUUGAGAGAUGCUGCAAAAGUGAGCAGUAGAAAGCGCAUAGCCAGCUGGGGGCGCCAUGGCCUGUUCGACGUCAAGCAAAACGCAGGGCCAAGGAAAGCGAGACCCAACGUCCGAAAUGAAGCAUACCUGCCACCACGAUUACAACGAAGACUGUUAUUGACAAGAGGUGGAACCGCUCCUACGUCUCUAGAAGAGCAUGAUCGCGAAGUUGAAAAGGUGGCAGCUAGUGUCAGAAGCUUCUACGACCGCAAAGAGAAAUUCAGGAUAUAUCAUGGCUCAACGAACAGUACGAGGGAGUCAGCAAUGGGCAGAGACCCAAAGACAGUCGUGGAUACAAGUAGACUCAAUCAUGUCGUGAGUGUGGACGCAAAGGCACAGAAAGCUCUGGUAGAGCCCAACGUGCCGAUGGACAGGCUAGUGGAAGAGACAUUGAAGCAUGGGCUUGUUCCUCCAGUCGUCAUGGAAUUCCCAGGCAUCACAGUGGGAGGAGGAUAUGCAGGAACAGCAGGCGAAAGCAGUUCCUUCAAGUAUGGCUUCUUCAACGAGACUUUGAACAAGGUGGAGAUGGUGCUGGCGAACGGCGAGAAGGUCACAGCAUCGAAAGAACAGAACCCAGAUCUCUUCCAUGGUGCAGCAGGCGCAGUAGGAACUCUCGGUGUAACAACGAUGGUCGAGCUCCGCCUCAAGAAAGCCACCAAGUUCGUGGAAGCAACCUACCACCCAGUCACCAGCAUGCAAGAUGCCAUCACCAAACUCCAAGACUUUACCUCCCGACCCGAAGACUUCGACUACAUCGAUGGCAUAAUGUACUCGCCCACCAGCGGCGCCAUCGUCACAGGCAAAAUGACCGAUACCACUUCUCCCAACGCCAGCGUCCAGCGCUUCUCCGACCCCAAGGACCCCUGGUUCUACCUCUACGUUAGAGACAGCAUCGCCAAAAACAACUCCCCAACCUCCGACGCCAUCCCACUACCCGACUAUCUCUUCCGCUACGACCGGGGCGGCUUCUGGGUCGGCGAAGCGCCGUUCGAUUACUUCAGAUUCCCUUUCAAUAACUUCACUCGCGGUUGGCUAGACGACUUCCUUCACACGCGAAUGCUGUACAACGCCUUACACGCUAGUGGUCGAAGCGAGCAGAUGAUCAUCCAGGAUCUCGCACUUCCCUACGAAAAUGCCGCUGAGUUUGUUGAACGGAUGGACAACCUGACUGGUAUAUGGCCGCUAUGGCUCUGUCCAUUGAAACAAAGCGCUCAGCCCACCAUGCAUCCACACUACGACGGCGUCGAGAAGGACGGCAAAACACUCAAACCCAUGCUCAACAUCGGCCUCUGGGGCCGCGCGCCACCUACACACUCCGCCUUCGUCUCUGCAAACCUCUCCAUCGAGAAGACACUCCAGGAGCUGAAGGGGAUGAAGUGGUUGUACGCUCAAACUUUCUCCUCCGAACCUGACUUCUGGAAGGACUUUGACAAGACUUGGUAUGUGAAGUUGAGGGAGAAGUACCAUGCGAUGACGUUACCGACUGUGUAUGAGAAAGUGAAGGUGGCGGAUGAGAAGGAUGAGAAGAAGAGUCUCGGGAAGAGGAUCAUGGAGAUGUGGCCGAUUCCUGGGAUUGUGGGCUUGAGGAGGAGUAUUCAGAGUAAGGACUAUGUUGAGGCGAGGAAGGCGGCUUGGAGGGAGUGGGUGCCGAGGGAGUAG